AUGGUUGAUUUUAAUUCUGUUACCAGUGAAGAUCUGAAUAUUAAAUUACGAAAAUUCUACGCUGAAGCACAACCGAAAGAUAAAGUUAAACGCGAAAAUGUUAUGUCUGCGGGCCAAGCUGUGGAAUAUCACAAAAAUACCCUGAAAAAUAUACGUGCCGCACUAAACCGCCAUCUGCAUGACAUAGGUAUAGGUCAAGAUGUUGACAUAGUGAAAGAUAAACAAUUCAAAACAUCCGACAUGCUGGACAGCAAACUGAAAUUCAAUGUAAAGGAAGGCAUUUCGCGAAGCACAAAACACAAACAAAUAAUAGUACCAGCUGACCUAGAGAAAAUAAGUACCUUUCUCAAUGAAAGCUCAAACCCAGUGAUCUUACGUUUUAGAAAUUGGUUAAAUUUAUCGGUCCACUUCGUCAGUCGAGGAUUAGAAUUCCACCAACAACUGAAUUUAAAAUCUUUCAAAUUUUCAAAAGAUGAAAAUAACUGUGAAUAUGUAACGAUUGUCCACGAAACAAAACAAAAGAACCACCAAGGUGGUGUUGAUAGCGUGGAAGCACCUACUGACAAACGGAUGUAUGCAACUAACGAUACUUACUGUCCAGUUGAAGCACUUCGUUCGUUAAUUGCAAAAACUCGCCCAGAUGCCAAAUCUCUAUUUAAUAAUUGCUCAAAGGAUGCCUUAAAUUCUCCAAAUACUGAACCUGUCUGGUACACCACAAUUCCGGUGAAACAAUACCAGUUUACUCGCUUCAUGGCCGAUAUUAGCAGGCAGUCAAAAACUAACACAGUAUGCACAGCACACUGCUUGCGAGCAACAAGCAUACAGGCAAUGAGUGAUGCUGGCUUUGAAAUGAGGCACAUCAUGUUUAUGAGUGGGCAUCGAAGUGAAUCUGCUGUUUGA